GUUCGAACUGUUUCCUGAGCUCAAAGGUCUCCUCCCUCUGCUUUCAGUCGGAUAUUGCGUCGCCUGCAGAGGCUUUCCUGUUUCUCCGUGUCGGACCGGACCGGAUUGGACAGGACCGCGAGAAAAAGUUAGUGGGUGUGUCCGGUCUCGCGGCAGUUUUUUGGGAACCAUGAAAGUCUCGCGCCCGGAGGGUUGAGGAGCUCGCGGCGAUGCGAAUGUUGGUGAAGUUCCUCUGUGCCUCAGUUCUCCUGCUCCUCUCCGCUCUCUACCUCCUCGUUCUCCUGCUCCUCUCCGCUCUCUACCUCCUCGGUUCAGUCAGACACACCGCCAAGACGAAYCCCCUUCCUGCUGAGGAGUACCGCCUCGUCUCCCCGCUCACCUACCGCUACGUCCUGAACCAGCCGCAGGUGUGCCUGAGCAGAAGCCCCUUUCUGGUCUUCCUGGUUCCGGUCGCGCCUCAAGAGGCAGAAGCCAGGCAGGCCGUGAGGAGGACAUGGGGGGCUCCAGGUAGGGACACUCUCACCCUUUUCUUCUUGGGGCUGCCAAAGGGGGCGCUGCUGUCACCCCUUCAGAGAGUCCUGGAGAAGGAAAGUCAGCAGCAUGGAGACAUCAUCCAGAUGGACUUCUUGGACAGUUACCAGAACCUGACGAUAAAGACGAUGAUGAUGAUGAAGUGGCUGGCUGACCACUGCCCCAACUCCUCCUACGCCAUGAAGGUGGACUCUGACAUCUUCGUCAAUGUGUUUUACCUCAUCCAACGCCUCAGGAGUUCCCCCAGGGUGGGCUUCAUCACCGGGUCGGUGAUCCGGGAUGGCAGCCCCAGGAGGGACCCCAGCAACAAGUGGUAUCUAUCUAAGGAGCUGUACCUUGAAGACAGCUUCCCUCCUUACCUGUCUGGAGCUGGCUAYGUGUUUUCCACAGACYUGGCUGCCAGGAUCUCCUGGGCCUCCAGGUUUGUGCGAGUGAUUCCUCUGGAGGACGUCUAUGUGGGCUUGUGUCUGCGUGUGCUGGGGGUCCGGCCGGUGUACUCCUACAGCCUGCCACGCUUCAGGAGUCUUUUUGAGGUCCGAAAGCUGGAGUAUGACAGGUGCACCUUUGCCGGACUCAUCAUUGUGAACAGGUUUAAGCCAUCAGAGCUGCUGCAAGUGUGGCAGGACUUUUCUGAAGGCCACGCCGCCUGCUGACCGCCUGCUGACCGCCUGCAGUGUUCGCUUCCCUGUGAAACCAACUAAUAGCUGGUUGGAAAGGAUAAAAGCCAUAAAAAAGUAUGAUAGCCAUUUAAAUGUGUUGACAGCAGUUAUUUAAUAUGUCGCAGUUAUUUAAUAUGUCGAAAUAGAAUAAUGAAUAAUGAGGAGAAGAAAAGCCAUUUAAAAUGAAUCCACUCCCAAGUUCCAGGACUUGAAUUGCAUUUACUAACUUUUCACAGUGUGACUCAUUGUGUGACUGGUAAGUCAGCGUGCCUUUCUCCUGUUGCAAGUGGGUUUAUUUUWCACCAAAGACUAACAAAGGUUCCUUUUAGAGAUUACCUAUUGCCUAAUAAUGAGGUGUGUGCCUUUUGUUUGGGUGUGAACCUGUUUAAGUGCCUGAGUGACGGAUUACAGGAGAGUUCUGGGCCUCAUGGAAGAACGUGUUCAGAUAGUUUCCUUUAUCAUCUGUUUUUCUCUGAUUUUUUUUGUGUCUUUGUUUUUAUUCUCUAGUCRUGUGUUCUGAUUCUGAAUCUUUGUUGGGCUCAGUGACUAAUAAAAUCCAACAGAUUUAGACUAUUUACUUGAGUCAUAUAAACACAUUUCCUUACAGCUGACUGUGAGUAGAGCAUAUGAAAAUUACUUCAUUACAGUGAAGUAAUUUUCACUAUAAUGAAGUAAUUUUUCUACCCACCAAGUAAUUUGACUUGGUGGGUAGAAAUAGACACAUAGUUGCCAAACAAACCAAAAGUGGAAAGGAUUAAAAAAUGGCAGCUGGAGUGAAAAGACCCAACACUCGUUCCAUUUCAUUCAGAGCUGAACAAUAUAUAGAAACGCAGUUAUCACAGUAUCCGUGUGUACAGUGCUGCAAAAAGAGACUGAUGCAAUAUUUAGGAGAAGUGUGAUGUGUUCUCUCUUUUAAUGCACASACCAUGUCAGGCUCAAGARGAAGUGGUCGAGACAUCGUGUGUGUGAUGGUGAAGAAAGAAAAGUGACCUGAAAAUGAGAGCUAAGGCUUAAACCUGCUGCUGGUGUGAAGUGCAUCUGCUCAGCUUAUAAACUUGCAGUCACUAUCUCAGCUGACUUAUGUUUUUGCUGCUUGGAUGCAAUAUAUGAUAAAUUAUAUUUUAGGUGGAAUAAAAUUCUCCUCUUUAUUAAUAUAUUAUGUCAGUUGGACGGUCUUUCAUUGUGUUUCAUUAACACACAUGAAAUGGGUCUUGGUGAGCAGGAUGCUAAAGCUCAAGGAGGACAAUAAGGACUUUAUGAUGAUGCAAAAGUAAGAAAUGAGUGAGGAAAAUAUAGCUUAAUCACAGUCUUUAUGAUUAUGACGACAUGCAACAGGAAUAUCUCUGCUUUCUGCUGUUUUUCAUAUCGUGCAGYGUCGAGGUUUUUAAAAGCUCUGAUUUCAAAGCUGCUCACAUUUUCCGUACCUGUGGUUUGAAUCCUUUAGGAGCAUAAAGUGAUGUAGCGCUGUCCCUCCCCAACCAGUUGCUGCCCACUGCCAGUCAGCAGUAAAAUACGUUUUUAUUUUUAAACAAAAAGAAAUGUGACUGUCUGGAAAUAUUAAACCAAUUAGGCCAUAUUAAACAUAUUUCAAUGCAGACAGCUGGAGUCCCCAUAUAUUUAGUCUUUCUUGAAGCAGAGCUGAAUAUAAACAUUAUUAUUCUUUCAUGAGGCCCAGCAUAUUAAAACAAUCUGAGAAAUUCUGUCUGUCAGAAUAUUUGAACAUACCUGCUGUAAUAUCAGGUUUGAUGCCUAUGUUUGCAUUUACUGCAUGUUCAGAUGCUGUACUCACUGGGGUUUAUAAAAACAACCAGCAGGUGGCGGUGUAAUCCAAAUGAUAAAAUGGAGAUUGCUGAUUCAUAUCAUUUGUUCACCUGCAAGGAAGUUAUGCCUUGGAUAGUUUAAUGGAAAAAAAAAAACUGUAUUAUUGUUAUUGCGUGUGUUUGUGUGUGUGCUGUAAACCAAACUGCUUCAUGAUUUUAUACCUCAGGGUUUUCAUCAUAUCUCAUUCAGUUUCUUGGUGAAGGAACAUCRUCAUCUGUGAUUGGCUGCUGUUCUGCUCYGACAUGGAGGUCUGCUGAUAAAUGCUGUUUCCUAACUCACCACAUAAAUKCCCCAGGAACAUUGUAAAACCAGUUUUCUUAUGCAAGUUUCCRCCUUGGCAGAGUAAAUUUGUGUCUGGUCGAUAAAGAUAAGUGUAAAUAAAUGGAACUGUGCAUAAGUC